AUGGCGGUGAGUUUAAAGGAUCUGAUCGAAUAUCUGCUGGAGGAGAUAUCCUUACGCGGUGACCAAGGGGCACCCCCAGUAGAAGUACUUGGGUUUAUUGAUAAAUUUUACUCUCUAUGGUAUCGGAAAUGUGAUGGCGCUCCAAGUGCAGCACGCCGUAUACCCAAACUUGACCGGCGGUUCAAAGCCAGGGUCUGGAAAUGGCUAACCGAUCACCCUGAAGUAUCAGUUGGAAGGGAUAGGGAGGGCAACUCCCUUGCCUUGGAUGAUGUUGUACCUCCUCAGCUGAGUGGGCUUUCCUCACAGCCAGCCAUUGACCCAGCAUUAAGUCCAGCAUCGACCCCUCCGCAUGGCCUGUCUGUGUUUGUGUCACUCGAACGUACCUGGCUCUCAAUUACUGGCCAUGAGCCAGACUUCACCAGAGUUUUGCCGUUGGAAUUUGCCCUUUUAUCUAUCAUCGCAUCCCGAAAAGAAAAAGGGAUUGUACAGUCAGACCUUGUACGACUAAGUGGACAGGACAAGCGAUCAGUCCCCAAAAGGACCGAUUUACUACAAGAGAAAGGAUAUAUCGAAAAACGAGCCAUACAGUACCAAGCCUCAAGGACUAGUUUGUGUACCUUGAAUAAAUUUGCCGGAUUAGGGCCAGGGGAACUGUCUUAUGACCCUUCUUCAACAGGAGAAACGGGCCCCAAAUCAACCACGAAUAAGAUAAUAGACUUCAAGAUUCUGCGGGAGAAACUUUUUGAGCUGCUGAAAGAGUAUAAUAUCAUCACCAGGAAUGACCUUAAAGAAAAAAUGGGAAUGCAAGACCGCUGGCAUGGAAAGGUAUUAAGAAGAGCAAUUCGGAAGUUUGAGGCUAUUGGUUGCGUCAGGCGAGUCCGUGCUGUAUCCCAGUAUUCCAAUGCAAUGAAGUCGCUGCAUCCUUCGGUAAUGCUGAUUCGUGAACCCACGGAGAAAGACAUCAAACUGUUUCAUGAAGACAGUAAAGGAUUGAUGUCAUCCUUGGAGCAGCUGGAUGCGGACAUGGGAAUCGACGAGGACCAGGGUCGAGAACUUAUAGUAGGCCCUAAUUUAGAAGCCAAUUCGACUAAAUAUGUCGUCGACGUUGGCCGGGUUGUUCCCCAAUGGGUACCGGACAGAACAAUAUCUAAUUUGGUUUUUGACACCAUCAACCAGGCUGGGACUCGGGGAGUCUCUAAUAAUGAUAUAAAUCAAGCAACUAUGGGGGCGUUUUUUCGAAAACCAUUGGAAACUGUUCUUUCCCGCCUGACUGGCUCAUGGCAGUGCUCACAACCACUUCAUCUUCGACAUUUGGCCCUCGUUCGUGAUACCGCGCUACAGAAGACAGUGUACUACUACAUACAUUAUUCGUUCAAUAACUUCUCUUCUCUUGUGAAUAGUGGUCAUGCCUCCUGGGAUGCUGUUACUGGAGGCCCUAGGUCUGGGAAACAGACGACAAAGGCACCAGCGAUCGACGCAAAGGCUAACCAAGACCAGUACGGAUUUCCAGUUGAUGCUCCGCAAAACCUUUUGAGAAAGGGUAAUGCAACCCUCCGUGAGUGCUUAGAGGCCUCUAAACCAUCGAAGUGGAACUUGACGUUCAAUGACCCUGUUGCGGUUGCCCUCCCGGAUGGGUCAUACAACUUGGUAGCUGUCGACUUCUUCAGAAAAAGCCAUUCAAGGACUUCUCUCGAACGUGUUCGAGAUUCUGGACUAAUCGAGCCGGAUGACAACAUACUAUUCGACUCUAGUUUUUCUAAUGGCACACAAUUCGAUUCUACUGUUCAUUUACUGACUCCUGGUACUCAGGGCAGUAUGGAAGACAUAGCCUCGCGGCCCACUAAGAGGCGAAAAGUUGUGUCAGAUCCGUAUGAAGGUUUGACGGGAAAGGAACUUUUAGAAGCACAAGGGUUGGAUGAAGGCUGGACAGAAUACAGCCUUCUACUUAUGGACCGCCCUACAACUGGGGUAUACAUAACCCCAUUCGGCAAGCGUCGACCUGUGGGUAAAAAGCGAGGGCGUCCAGGUAAAAGCCGCAUUGCCGUAUUCAAAUCUCCAAGCCUACGGCAAUUCGAUUGGUUUGUACCACAAGUAACUCCUGAACCCUCAGAGAAGGAAACCACCCCGACAGUUGAAACAAACAUACAGGCAGGGUCAGGGAAUCUGUCCAUGGAAAAGAAUUCUUGCCGUCCAGUUAGAGUUGCUGCUCAACGGCCUGUGUAUUCCGAGCUUGAAAAUGAGCUAGGGGAUACUACGCAAUUGAAUGCCGGUGCUGAUGAACUAGAUGCUGAGUGGGGAGUGGAAGCCCACCGGCCAACACGGAAAAGGAGACCAUCUGACAGUAGUGUAACAAUGCUUACGGCCUCAGGGGGAGCCAUUGGUCGACGGAAAGGCAGGCCUCCAAAAAAAAGGAAACUCGUCAGCCAAGAGGCAUCAGAAACACCCGUUCUGAAACCAAAUAUGCCAUCUGAUAAUACAAUUUCCACGAAUUUAGAUGAGGCGGGAACAGAAAAUUCAACUCAACAAACCGAACCAGAGGUUGCCGAAAUUGCCAGAACCGAGUUAUCAGCACAGGAAAUGAGCGUUAUCCCACUCAGUGAUGCUCCUUCCAGGGAUAUACAGGGUACGGCUGCUCUCUCCGUAACAACUGUAGCUCCCGCGGAGUCUUUACCCAACGAGGCCUUCAGCGGAGUUGAAAUGAAGAGGGAGCCUAUUUUUGAUCUAUUUGGGAACGUUGUUGCCGAAGAUUCACAGCCUGUGGAUGGGGCUGGAAGAAAUUCAUAUGAAGAUACUGAAAUAAUCGUUCCUGGUGGCCAAAGUACACAAGUUACCCCCGGUGCCAAUGUUGUUGGUGAUAUUAACGGGGUGCCUAAGAGAGACAUCAGAUCUGGUUCUAUAGGUGUUCUCAGAAGGAAGAUACUUCUGGAUAUUCUAGAGAAGGGUGGUGGUCUAUAUCCCAUGGGGAGUGAAAUGUGGUAUCCAUUUACAACUCUGUGGUUGAAAACGAACCAAACUACAAAACCCGAUGCUCGGACUGUGAAAAAUGCGAUGAGGUCACUCAUAGAAACCGGAAAGGCUAGAAAACAUACAUUUACUGGGAGGAAUGCCAAAGGACUUAUGGUAACAAAGAGUAUUUUGUCACUUCCAGAAAUUACAGCGACUCAUCCGAAAUUAAGAGCCAUGCAAAAGGAAAUGCUCGAUGCAGAUCCGCAGCUAUAUCUACCACUAGAAGUAGACAUUGAUCCAGACCUGAGAAAAUCGAACCGCGGAUUCAUGGGAUAUGAUAUAAAACUUCCUGAUAUUGACGGAGAAGUCAAUGUGACACUUCAUCGGCCCCCAGCCAGAACCAUCAGGCAACCGACUAAGGCGCAGCGACGAUGGAACAUGCAACACUUUGAAGGCGAAAUUUUUGAGUUUGAUAUAAGUGAAUUAUCUUUCCCUUUUGAUUCUCCUCCAGUCCAACGCCUUGAAAGUCUAAGACGCUUGACACAAGGGCGUUCAUAUCUCGACUCUUUCAAUAAUACAUUUUCCGACAGUUUCUCACCACAGACUAGGUAUCCUGUACCUGCAUUACCAGUGUCAUCUAAGACUAGGUACAUGAUAACCCCAGAGUCAAUGCUCAUGUGCCCACUACAGGUAUUCCAUUCGUCUACUGGGACCUUCGGAACAGGUGCCUAUAUACCUGGUAGGUAUAGAAUUUACCCUAAGAAUCACCGACAAGCUAUAGUCCGGCCGGAUAACCUGGCAAGUAUCUUGUCACAAAGAGGGAACCGGAGGUUUGAUCCCUCGAAGGUUUCUGACCCAGUAUCACACCAGUUCUUUUACGACGUUGAUAGGGUCAGAUAUUGGGAACACAGAUACCCCGAAAUAUUCGAGGCGCCGAAUGAUGAUUUUGUUUACAUAAACCACACUAUCGAAAAACUCCCAGAGUGCCCCCCUCUCGAAGGUGUGAUUCAAUUUGAAUGCGAUGCUUCAGCUACUGCCGAUAGAGAGCCCGCACGGAGAUUAACAAGACAGCUAGCGAAAAGAAACAAACCUCCACAAGUUGUUCUUGCGAAGAAUUUCGGCGCUGACCGAGGCCAGUGGUGGGAAAGAGGUGCAUAUCCUGAGGCUACGCGCAAGCUUACCCAAUUACAGGAGUCAAAGGCGACUGGAGAUGCGGAUAGAGCUAAAAACCGGAGGAUAAGACGUGUUAGCUCCUUGCCAGCUAAGGUAGCCCAGCGACUGAUGGUAGCAAUGGUUGUUGUGCGCACCCUAGCCGGGGGGUUGGAAGGGAGAAUGGUUGAAUGGUCGUUGAUUACUCCUCUGUUCCCUGACUACACGCCCAAAUUCGUACAUGACCGUGGGCGGAUUUUAACAGGGAGACAUAGGCUGCAGCUGCUUAAAAUGCAAAGUGACUUCCAGGAAAGGUUUGCUGAAGCAUACGAAAGGGGGGAGGUACCUCCCGUCAACUUCGACAAUUUAGAAGCUUAUGACUGGGAGUGGAUUGUUAACUGGGCAAGUAUGAAUAUGGAAGAACCUAGUAUGGGUAGACUUCCUAAUCUCCCAGCAUCUCGUUCACAGUUCGACAACCUAUUUGAAAUCCGAACGGAGCCAAGCCAGCAGAUUGAUGAAAUUUAUCAACAUAAUCCGUCUACAACCAUACCAAGAAAGCGGACACUACUAGCAAAUCUAUUGCUCUCGGAUACACUAUCAGAAAACAGGGGGCUACUCAAACCUAGAGCCCCUGAUCUUGAAUUGCUUGACGUGGCAAAGUCAUGGGUUCGUGCUAAUGUGGUUACUCCCGAAGAGACAUACAAGCCAGCCGAAGCUGGUCAAAUAAUGAAACGGUUUGGCGAGGAUCUCCUAGGCAGAGCAAUUCAGUCGCUUAUAACUGAGCGCGUUAUCUCUAUGAGUAACAAAGGCCGGAUAACCCCUGGGCGCAAUUUUGACCUUACAGAGCAAUUCCUAGGCACUAUUACACGCAGACGCCCAGUGGAAUCAACCCAACUGAAACAAGCAGUUUCAUUCAAAACAGAUGUUCUUGACCGGGCCUUUCUCUCAGAGGGAAGUUAUAAUGUGAAGUAUGAGGCUGAAGAUGGGGAUAUAAUCGUCCUAAUCAAUCUGGCUUCAAAGGGGCGUAUUGUAUUAGUACCAAGGGACCCUCCUCGGAACAAGUAUGGGCUAACAGAUGGAGGAUACCUGACGAGGCUCAUGGACAAAGAAAAACUUCGAUUUAACGUUGAGGUUCACCCCGUUCAAGGCCGAUAUGUAUACGGCAACCCCAUCGCAGAGUCUUUAAGACAAACACCAAUACCGAAAGGUGACUUAGGCAACUCGAUGCUGAGUACAGAUUUUGCUCAGCUUCCCAAAAUUCCCCUUUGGUUUGAUGUGCACUCCAAAUUUGUGAAGAUAGUCUGGGACCUUGUUAUAUCUGCAGUCGUUGGAAUAAUAGUUGCUCGGCCGGCACUUGGGGCAAAAGGUAUUACACGCAUGCUUGAACCUUGUCUGGCAGAAUGGGAGACUCGUUUAGUCUUGAAUUGGCUGGCUGAUGCUGGGGUUAUUGAAAAUGCACGAGGCACUACAGAGCAACCUGCUGAAGACACUGGUUGGGUUGUGGGUGAGUGGUGGUGGAUGGUUCUUAGCCAACCUGAGGACAAUCAAGAAUAA